AUGGGUCUCGAUAAACAUUCGAUAGAGACCUCCGUCGCAGAGCACAUCCCAAUCACGCGGAGUAUGCGUCGUAUCAUUGCAUCUAGAUACAUUCAAUCUAUCGGUAUAUGCCCGCACAGCAUCUUGGAUGGAUCAUCUUUACCAAAGUUGACGACUUUUUCGCUUUUUCGCAAUUUACCACUUGAACUCCGCGCUCAGAUCUGGACGCUUGCUUUUCAGGAGCCUCAUAUAGUAGAGCUCGAGCUUUUGACCUCCACGGAUACAGCAUCCAGUUCGCAGCAGCGAUCAUCCUCUUGGAGCUUUCGCAACACGACUCCGCACCCUCUUCUUUCAACUUGUAUCGAAUCCAGAGAAGAGAUUUUAAAGCGGUACCGAUUUUCUGAACAUUCAAGAUACAACUCACUUCCCAUAACCUUUGCCAUCAAUUCAUUGUUUCUCAAGGAUCUCAACUUUGGUUCUGUCCAAGGUUAUUGGCAGCGAAAUGUGAAUUAUGUUAAGAACGGCGAUUGUAGAGUGUUUCUACCGAGUAUCUUUGAGUCUGUAGAAAGUUUAGUGAUUUCUCGAACAUCCAUCUUGAAUGCAGAAUGCGAGGCAGAAAACAUCGUUCGUCAUUGUUUCCCGAAUCUUUGUCUGCUCAUCGUCACUGUCAAUGUUUGUGCAAGGAACGAACUCUCUUCUGACCACACUUACCAAUUUCUUUUACAUCCAGAAGACGAUCACCAUAUCUCGCUAUUAAGCUUUGCGCCGACGACUUGUCCUUGGGACGCGAUUUAUGCAUCGAGGAUCAAAUUAAAUAUGCAAAGACGAUUUGCGAGACAGGAAAGAAUACACAGAGAUUAUGUUGCGCCCGUUAUAAAGGUCGUCAGCGCCUGUUAA